GGGGGCAGGCUGUCGCUCGGGAACGCGGGGGCAGUACGAGGCCCGAGCAGGUGCGCCCAGCAGCCGCCAGCAAGUUGCAGGGACCCCUCGUCUCACCUCCGCCCCGUGCGCUCUCGCCGGUUCGCGAACCCCGCUCUGCGCUCCGCCGCUGACAUGUGUGCCGCCCCGAUGCCCUCCCUGGCGCACAUCUUCCGAGGGACAUUCAUCCACUCCACCUGGACUAGCCCCAUGGAGGUGCUGCGGGAUCACCUCCUCGGCGUGAGCGACAGCGGCAAAAUAGUGUUUUUAGAAGAGGCAUCCCAACAAGAAAAGCUGGCCAAAGAAUGGUGCUUUAAGCCGUGUGAAGUAAGAGAACUAAGCAACCAUGAGUUCUUCAUGCCCGGGCUGGUUGAUACACAUAUCCAUGCCCCUCAGUAUUCUUUUGCUGGGAGUAAUGUGGACCUGCCACUUUUGGACUGGCUGACCACGUACACAUUUCCUACAGAACUCAAAUUCCAGAACAUUGACUUCGCGGAAGAAGUAUAUACCAGAGUUGUCAGGAGAACACUGAAGAAUGGAACAACCACAGCUUGUUACUUUGGAACAAUUCACACUGACUCAUCUCUGCUCCUUGCAGAAAUUACAGAUAAAUUUGGGCAACGGGCGCUUGUGGGCAAGGUCUGCAUGGAUAUGAAUGCUACUGUUCCAGAGUACAGGGAAACCACUGAGGAGUCAAUCAAGGAAAUGGAGAGAUUUGUGUCACGGAUGCUCCAAAAGAAUUAUUCUAGAGUGAAGCCCAUAGUGACACCACGUUUUUCCCUUUCCUGCUCCGACACUUUGUUGGGUAAACUGGGAAACAUGGCGAAGACUCAUAAUUUGCAUAUUCAGAGCCAUAUAAGUGAAACUGUCUGUGAGGUUGAAGCUGUGAAGAACUUAUUUCAAGAUUAUAAAAACUACACAGAUGUGUACGAUAGGAACAAUCUUCUGACAAACAAGACAGUGAUGGCUCAUGGCUGCUACCUUUCAGCAGAAGAGCUGCAGGUGUUCAAGGAGCGGGGAGCAGCCAUCGCCCAUUGCCCCAAUUCUAACUUAUCGCUCAGCAGCGGCUUUCUCAAUGUGCUCGAAGUCUUGAAACAUGAAGUGAAAAUAGGGCUGGGUACAGAUGUGGCUGGUGGUUAUUCAGCCUCCAUGCUGGAUGCGAUCAGAAGAGCAGUGAUGGUUUCCAAUAUCCUUUUAAUUAAUAAGAUCAACGAGAAAAGCCUUACCCUCAAAGAGGUCUUCAGACUAGCUACUCUUGGAGGCAGCCAAGCCCUGGGGCUAGAUAAAGAGAUUGGAAACUUUGAAGUGGGCAAGGAAUUUGAUGCCCUCCUGAUCAACCCCAAAGCAUCUGACUCUCCCAUUGACUUAUUUUCUGGGGAUCUGGCUGGUGAUAUAUCUGAAGCUGUAAUCCAGAAGUUCCUCUACCUAGGAGAUGACCGGAAUAUUGAGGAGGUUUAUGUGGGCGGAAAACAGGUGGUCCCCUUUUCAAGCUCAGUGUAAGACCCUCGGCCUCUACAAAUUCUCCUGGGAUCACGUGGUUCUGCAUCUCCCUGGUGCCCAGGCCGAGUUAGAAAGUCCAAAAAUAGUAUCUUGUUCUUGGGAUGACUCUCUCUUUCUGUGUCUAGUUACAGUACUCACUUGACAAAUCGUUUGAAGGGGGUCGUGCUAAUUCCCAGCCCUCCGGCUGGGAGGAUUCAAAAUCUCUCCCUUUUGAGCUGUUUGGAUUUACUUUAAGCUCAAAUAUAAGGGAAUGUUAUUCCUGGUGGGGUUCUUAUUGUGAGAUUUAAGUCAAAUCGAUUUCAUAUUUGGAAAUGUGGAGAGAAAAGGUAUUCCUGUAAGGCUAGAUAUGCUGAGCUAAUAAAUGUGAAAAAUCAGAAAAUGGAAAAUGAACUAGUAAAUAUAUUUUUAUGAGGGAGAAAAAGUUAGACUAUAAACAUGCAUUGGAAAAACACUUCAGAUUAUGAUUGAAAAUUAUGUACUGAGCAUAUUAAUUUCAGAGGAGAACUUGUUGAAUUUUAAAAUGUGUUUCUAGAUUGACCUUGUGUUCUGGAAAUUUGCACUUGAUGGAAUUUGCAUUUCAGAGA